GCGCGAGCCUUCGGCGAGGGCAAGAGGGAGGAGAAAAGCAAGAGGAAGGAGGUCGCCACCAAGCGAUGGCGCGGCUCCACCGCCUUCUUCGUGGCGAUGGACGACCUCCUUGUCUUCUGCCUCCUCAAGAUCUGGCCCGGACCCCUAUUCUGUUUACCCUAAAAGCCGGUCCCGUUCUGUUCUAAUCCUCGGCGUCGACGGACAAUGGACGCUGUCAUGGUGACGCCUCCGCACUUCCCUCCGUCUUUCUCGCCUCCCCGCACUUCCCUGACCAUCCGUACCCAAACCCUCUCAGUCUCCUCUUCUUCGUCCUCGACCCCUCCCCUCGUAUGGCCGCCUUGCCCUCCCUCCGCCGCCGCCGCGCUCACGCCGACGCCGCCCGCAGGCCCGAGCUCCGGCGCGGAAGAUGAGGGCCAUCGGCCCUGGCCCCGCCUGGUUUCUCCCCUUCCGUCGUCGCCCGGGGAUCCCCCCUCGCCCGGCCUCUGUCCUCAACCACCUCCGCCACCGGCCUUGGCGGCCACGCCGGAUCCUCGACCCCGGAGGCGACGCUGUCCUCCGCUGGAACCGCAUAUUCCUUGUCUCUUGCCUCGUGGCCCUUUUCGUUGAUCCUCUCUACUUCUACCUCCUCUUCAUCGGCGGCCCUGCCUGUGUCCGCAUUGACUUCAAUAUCGGCAUCAUCGUGACCUUCUUUCGCACCGUCGCCGACCUCUUUUACCUGGGCCACAUGCUACUCAAGUUCCGGAUCGCCUUUGUGGCCCCCAGCUCCAGGGUCUUCGGCAGGGGCGAGCUUGUCACGGAUCCCCAUCAGAUUGCUAUGCGCUACCUGAAAGGCGAUUUUUUCAUCGAUCUUAUCGCCAUGCUCCCCAUCCCCCAGAUAAUAAUCUGGUUUGUGAUUCCAGCUGUGAGCAGCUCUUCGGCUAAUCACACUAACAAUACACUUUCAUUGAUUGUUUUCAUCCAAUAUAUUCCAAGGUUAUUUCUCAUUUUUCCUUUGAAUGCACGAAUCGUCAAGGCCACAGGAGUAGUUACAAAAACUGCAUGGGCAGGAGCUGCAUACAAUCUCCUUCUAUAUAUGCUGGCAAGCCAUGUUCUGGGAGCUUUAUGGUAUCUUUUGUCCAUUGAGCGCCAGUACACCUGCUGGAUCACAGAAUGCCUGGCAGAAAAUGUCAGCACGACGACAAUGCCAAUUUGCAACCCUAGUUUUUUGGACUGUAGUAGCUUAGAGCUGCCUGAACGAAAGGCCUGGCGCAACAGUACCCUUCUGCUUAGUAAUUGUGAUGCCACGAAUGAUGGUAUCAAGUUCAAUUUCGGCAUGUUUGCAGAUGCUUUGACUAGUGAGAUUGUUGCAGCAACUUUCAUCGAAAAGUAUCUGUAUUGCCUCUGGUGGGGACUAAAAAAUCUAAGUUCAUAUGGACAGAAUCUGGGAACAAGCACUUAUAUUGGAGAAACAACAUUUGCCAUUCUCAUAUGCAUUAUGGGUCUUGUUCUGUUUUCACAUUUAAUUGGAAACAUGCAGACAUACUUGCAGUCUAUUACCGUUAGACUUGAGGAAUGGAGAGUCAAGCAAAGGGACACUGAGGAGUGGAUGAGGCAUCGUCAACUUCCGCCUGACUUACAAGAACGUGUUCGGCGUUUUGUACAAUACAAGUGGCUCGCUACUAGAGGUGUAGAUGAAGAAUCGAUUUUGCAAUCUUUGCCUUUGGAUCUUCGUCGUGAAAUUCAACGACAUUUAUGUCUUGCUCUUGUUCGUCGAGUCCCAUUUUUUUCACAGAUGGAUGAUCAGCUACUAGAUGCUAUAUGUGAACGACUGGUCUCAUCCCUGAGCACCAAGGAUACCUACAUUGUCCGGGAGGGUGACCCAGUCAACGAAAUGCUUUUUAUUAUCCGAGGCCAACUUGAAAGCUCUACAACCAACGGCGGUAGAAGUGGUUUCUUCAACUCAAUCACUCUGGGACCUGGGGAUUUCUGUGGUGAAGAGUUGUUGACAUGGGCUCUGAUGCCCAACCCAAGCGUGAACUUUCCCUCAUCGACUCGAACAGUCCGUGCCCUCAGUGAAGUUGAAGCGUUUGCGCUUCGAGCUGAAGAUCUCAAGUUUGUAGCAAGCCAAUUUAAGCGCCUCCACAGCAAGAAACUGCAGCAUGCUUUCAGGUUCUAUUCUUACCAAUGGCGGACAUGGGGAGCUUGCUUCAUACAAACUGCAUGGAGGCGGUACAAGAAGAGGAAAUUGGCAAAGGAGCUGGCUGCACAGGAGUACCUCUAUUAUGAUCAAAUGGUGGAUGAUGAUGAGAGCCUGGUCAUUGAGCCUGACGGGGCUCCUUUGCUUUUGGAUUAUGCUGAUGGCGUCGAGGCCCCGUUAGCUGAAACAGAAGCUGGGAGCAAUUUUCAGCAUCUGGGGGUGACGAUACUUGCUUCAAAAUUUGCCAAGAACACAAAGAGAGGUCAUCAGAAGGUCACUCAGCUGACUCAGGCUGCCACUAGCAUCAAGUUGCCAAAGCUGGCGAAGCCAGAUGAACCUGAUUUCUCCAUGAACAACAACGACGGCGACAUGUGACAUCUCUGGUAAUGCUGUUAGAUUGUAAAAAAUGUCCAUAAUUAACUAGGAAAUUUUCAAGGCAUUUUGAUGUAAAAGUAGCAGUGUAUCCAAAUCUAAAAUUGCUCUCUCUUUUGUGUUGACUAUGAGCUAACAUUUCUUUUACUUCUCUGAUGGAAAGACUACCAAUUCACUGUAAGCUUAGGUUUUACAUGAGAAACAGAUCAACAGCAUAUCAGGGGAUCGCUCACAUUUUUCACAUGGUGGCUGGCUUUUGUAUUCAUCUUGUAUCUUGGAAAUAUUCCACACAAAGUAUUAGAUUUAUCUCUUAAA